GGACAGCAACCAGACGUCCGGCAUUUGUUACGCCAGUAGCUAUAGCUCCGACACGUGUCGUGUGACCGGUUUCUGGCCCUACACUUUCAUUAUCACAUACUUUGUUAUAUUAAAGCUAAUUCUGACCACUCUAUUGUACGCCAUGUUUGCUAUCAGUACUCAGAAACUGGCCGACAAUACGGACACCAUCUGGAAGUUUCAGCGCUACGGACUGGUCAUCGAUUUCGAGGUCCGCACAGCACUGCCCCCACCCCUCAACAUCUUCUACUACUGCUGGUGGGCUAUCACGUGGACCUACAGAGCCCUUCAGUAUCGGCCCUUUAAGAAAGACACUUUUAAAUUCAAAGACCUGUUUCUGUCAUCGGAGGUGAAAAGUCAGUCUAAACCGUUGGCCGACGACGACUACACUUAUCUGAAACUACUGGCCGAUCAGGUAUACGACGCCCAUCACAGCCACACCAGCGCCGAGACACUAGCGAUGCUUCAAUGGGAACGCAUUAAAUGGUUUGGACAGGAAUUGGAGGCCAAUAAGCGAAUGAUGAGACAAUUGCACGGCAAACAGGCGGAGAUGGAGAGAUCACUUAAACUGCUUGUGUCCAAAACCAAGUGAUUUAUCACAUACUCUAUUGUCGAC